AUGUCACCAAAUAAUAUAUUAAUAAAUUCAACUAAUUAUUCUUCCUUAUUUAUUUCUUCUUCCUCUCCUUCUCCAUUCUUGCCAACACCUCCAUCUAAUAAUAAUUUAGAUAAUCCACCAUCCCAACAUGUUAUUCAACGCUCAACUGCCGAAAUUGUUGAAAUUCUCAUGUAUUCAUUGUGCCUUUGUAUUGGCGGCCCUUUAAAUUUAUUUUCAUUUCGCCGUCUUAUUUCACAAAUUAGACGCCCUUCCCGUCAACAACAACAAUUUGGUUCCCAACUUCUUUUGCUCAAAUUAAAUUUAAAUAUUGCUGAUUUAAUUACAAUGUUUGUCUACACACUUUCACAAAUUAUUUGGAUGAUUACCUUUCAAUGGCAUUUUGGAGAUUUUUUGUGUAGAAUUAUUAAAUUCUUCCACACAUUUUCUUUUUAUUUAAAUUCUUUUAUUGUUGCCUGUUUUGCUAUUGACAGAUUUUUUGGAACAAGAAAUUUAAAUUCCCCAAUUGCUUCUAAUGUUGCACAAAAAAGAAUUAAAAAAAUGUUAAUUUUUGCUUGGACUUGGGCUACUUUACUUAGUAUUCCACAAUUUUUUAUUUUUAGAGUUUUUGAACCUUUGGAACUUAAAAAUUUUAAACAAUGUACACCAAUUUGGACAAUUAUCGGUUAUGAAUUAGAUUUAAAAAUGGGGACAUUAAAUGAAUCUGAUAUUGAAGGGAAAUUAAAAAUAUUUCAAAAAUUUUCUCAAGUUGUUGCUUGGGAACGUUUUUAUAAUAUGGCACAUUUAUUAUUUCUUUUUUGGAUUCCUUCUUUAUUAAUUGCAGCUUCAUAUACAGCAAUAUUAAUUACUUUAAAUUCACUUUCUGUUGUUCCAGAAAAAAUAAUAACAACAAAAAAUCUUUUAAAUAAUCAACAACAACAAAAAGAAAAUUCUAAUUAUUUAUUAAAUAAAAAAGAAAAUAUUAAAUUAAUUUCUUUAAAAGAAAAUAAAAAAGAAAUAAAUGAUUGGGAUAAUAAUAAUUCUUUAACUAAAUGUGAAACAAUUAAUAGUAAUAAUAAUACAAGAAUUGGAUUAAUUGCUCCUUUAACUAUUGCUAAAGCUAGACAAAAUGCAAAACGUCAAGCAGCUCUAAUUUUGGCAGCUUAUUUAACUUUUUGGUCUCCCUAUAAUUUACUAGCUAUUUGCAAUGCUUGGGCACAAAAAGACGGAACAAUUAGACAAAUAUCAACAAUUACUUUACCCUUUUUAAAUGGGUUAAUUGUUGUUAACCCGAUAGUUAAUCCGUUAAUUUAUGGAGUUUUUGAUAAAUAUAAAUUGUGUUUUACAAGAAAAUAAAUAUUUUUUUAAAUAUAGUUUUUUUAAUUUAAAUAAAUAGAUAAAUAAAUAAUCGAAAAUCUCGUUAAAAUAUUUUCAAUAAUUGUUUUGUUAAAAGUUUAUUAAAUUUAAUUGGUUAUUAUUAUUCCGGGCAAAUCCCUUAUUUUUUUUAGUUGAAAGGGGGGGGGGGGUAUCUCCAAUUUUAUGUCGAUGCAUCUGGGUAUUUUUACUCAUGUGAAGAGCACUGAUUUAAUUAGCUAUGGAUUGAAUAGGUUUUUGUAUAUGUAUAAGAA